UCCUAACUGGUUUGCUCCAGGACAGUGCUAUUGACCAGCAAGCUCUAGAAUCCCACCACACUGGGCCUCGGUGCUCUCCGUUCCCCUCCUAUCUCCGUGUCUGGCCAUUCAGUGAUGAUCCAUUCAUUUCUGUCCUCCUCUGCUUCUUGGCACUGAUAAUUUGGGCCCAUAGAGAAAACCAGCGCAUACCAACUCGAAUAUGGACCAGAUAAGGGCAGGACUCUGUUGCUACUUCUUCACUGUGGGAUUAUGGCAUGUUACAGGCACUCAACAAAUAAACUGAAUGAAUUAAUCAAGCUUCACUACAAAAGAUAAUAUCUCUAAUGUACACAAACAAGGUCUCCAGUAUCUAGACAGUCUCUGGUCGCUGGAUUAUGUCACAAUCAGUGAUGUCACUGUUGGGUAGAUUCUUAAACUGUCCUCUGAUUUGGGUCUUUCAGGCCUCGUACCCAGCAGGAUCAGGAGCUUUCUGAGAGCAGUAUGUCUCUGGACAGCGUGUGGGCUCCAGAGGCAGCAGACAUGGGGGAUGGGCCUGUCAAGAAAGCUGCCAACCAGUCCUCCAUGCAGACACAGGUCCUCCAGACUGCCUCCCUAAAGGAUGGCCCAGCAAAGAGGGCAGUAUGGGUCCGUCGAGAGACUGCUCAGACAGAAGACCCUGAGAAGUCAACCGCGCCCAAGGACAGGUCCAAGUUAGAGGUGACCAAAGCAGUGGUCGUGGACCUUGGCACCGGCUUCUGUAAAUGUGGCUUUGCUGGCCUGCCAAAGCCCACUCAUAAGAUCUCAACAACAGUGGGCAAGCCCUACAUGGAGACAGCCAAGACUGGGGAUAAUCGCAAAGAGACCUUUGUGGGGCAUGAGCUCCUUAACCCAGACAUACAUCUCAAGCUGGUCAACCCCCUGCGUCAUGGCAUCAUCGUGGACUGGGACACAGUACAGGACAUCUGGGAAUACCUCUUUCGACAAGAGAUGAAGAUCGGCCCCGAGGAGCAUGCAGUCCUGGUCUCGGACCCACCCCUGAGCCCUCACACCAACAGAGAGAAGUAUGCUGAGAUGUUGUUUGAGACCUUCAACACACCUGCAAUGCACAUCGCCUACCAGUCCCGCCUGUCCAUGUACUCGUACGGACGCACGUCCGGGCUGGUGGUGGAGGUUGGCCAUGGCGUGUCCUAUGUGGUACCCAUCUAUGAGGGUUACCCUUUGCCUAGCAUCACGGGGCGGCUAGACUAUGCAGGAUCUGACCUGACAGCCUACCUGAUGAGUUUGAUGAACAACUCUGGAAAACACUUCACAGAGGACCAGACCAGGAUUGUGGAGGACAUCAAGACAAAAUGCUGCUUCGUGGCCCUGGACCCCAUCGAAGAGAAGAAAAUCCCUCCCAGUGAACAUGAGAUCCAAUACACUCUGCCUGAUGGCAAAGAGAUCCAUCUGGGCCAGGAGAGGUUCCUCUGCUCAGAGAUGUUCUUCAAGCCCUCGCUGAUCAAAUCCAUGCAGCUGGGCCUCCACACCCAGACGGUGUCCUGCCUCAACAAGUGUGACAUCGCACUCAAGCGAGACCUCAUGGGGAACAUCCUGCUCUGUGGGGGCAGCACUAUGCUCAGGGGUUUCCCUAACCGCCUGCAGAAGGAACUGAGCAGCAUGUGUCCCAAUGACACCCCGCAGGUCAAUGUUCUGCCUGAGAGAGACACCGCAGUGUGGACUGGUGGCUCUAUCCUGGCCUCGCUCCAGGGUUUCCAACCACUGUGGGUUCACCGCUUUGAGUACGAGGAACAUGGGCCUUUCUUCCUCUACAGAAGGUGCUUCUGAACUGAUGGCAGCGUGGCUGCUGUGGUGACAGUGUGUCAGCUUUACUGCAUGAGGGAACACCUUUCUACAUAUGGUGUGUGAGCUGGCAUGUUCAUUCCUGUAGCAUUAAAGACCCCUCGUGUCCCCUUCCCUUCA